AUUUGUGAAGGUUUCCGGCUAGAUCCCUUGUGGUGUGUACCCUGGGGGAGAUGCUGGUGAAGGGCAUGGAGGGGAGGUGAUUUGAGGGAUAGUGUGGUAGUGUGCGAUGGAGGGUGACAGCAGGGAGUGGCGGCGGAAGUGUCAGCCUUGUAGGGGGGGUGGCCUUGUAUCCUUGUAUCCUUGUAGGUCUGCUGGUGCCGGUGCUGGUGCUGGUGACUUCUUCCGACCUCCAUUGCUCUCUGCUCUCCUGGCCCUCGUAUCUUGCUGGUCCGCAAAGCAGCAAUGGCGGUGAAUGUAUUUUCCACAAGUGCAACAACCGAGAACCUGAGUCGCCAUGACAUGCUGAACUGGGUCAAUGAUUGCCUCCAGUCCAACUUCGUCAAGGUUGAGGAGCUGUGCACCGGUGCGGCCUACUGCCAGUUCAUGGACAUGCUCUUCCCUGGAUCUGUUAUGCUGAAGAAGAUCAAAUUCAACACAAACCUUGAGCAUGAGUAUAUAAACAACUUUAAAAUCCUGCAGUAUGCCUUCAAGAGACUCCAGGUUGACAAGAUUGUUCCUGUUGAUAAAUUGAUAAAGGGAAAAUUCCAAGACAAUUUUGAAUUCCUGCAGUGGUUCAAAAAGUUCUUUGAUGCUAACUAUGGAGGGCAAGAAUAUGAUGCCCUCGGAGCAAGACAAGGAGAGCACCUUGGCGGCAAGGGAGGUGGCCUGAGAAAGCCAGCUGCUCCCACCAUGCGGCCGGCGCCACCCAUGCGGCAAGCUCCUGCCGUGGGCUCCCGCCAAACACCCUCCCGCAUUGCCUCUCGUCCAGCAGUAAACAGUCGCUCCCCUGCAGGUAGCAAUGCACAAGUAGAAGAGCUCUCCAGCCAGCUUAUGGACCUGAGAUUGACAGUGACUGGAUUGGAAAAAGAAAGAGACUUCUAUUUUGGCAAGCUAAGAGAAAUUGAAGUUUUGUGUCAGGAUGAGGGUGAGAAUAACGAAAGUAACGAAUUUGUGACCAAGGUGUUGGACAUCUUGUAUGCCACAGAGGAUGGAUUUGCUGCCCCUGAAGACGUGGAGGAUGUGCCCCCACCCCCUGAGGAGGAGGAGUACUAGGCCCAGUCCUAAUUGUGCCCACAGAUACACUCCUGCUGGUGGUUCUUCACACCAGGCUCUAGUAAUAUCAGGUCUUGUGCUCUUUUGGGACAGAGCUAACAAUGUUACAGGGUGUUCCAUUUAGUGCAGAAACUCAAAACUUUUAAUGCAAUAGUUUAUUUCAAGUUCACAAUCAUGCUACUCAUCUGUGUUAUAUUAAUUAUGAAAUAAUAAUGCUUUAAAUACUGCUGAAAGUUACAAUACAAUGGAAAUGCACCGUUACUGACAAUAAGUAACAACAUGUGAAGGUUGGACUAUAGUAAAAAUUGUACAACAUGCAAUAUUAUUUAUAUUUAUGUAUAGCCAUGUGAUAUGUUGAUUAUACCACAGUGGAAACAAUAAUUUGGAGAAUAUUGUUUGUAACUGUUGUUUAGGGAAGUCCAAUGAAAGUGGUGAUGUUAAAAAAUGAAAUUGUCUAAAUUACAUUGCAGAGUUGAUUCACCUGAGGUGAAGUCCAUGUAUGAAAUGUUGUACAACUAUCUCCAGCUUCAGGUGUGAAUGCUUUAUCUGUACGGCUGAUAAUGAUAUUUUCUUAAUUAUGCAACCUGUAUUAAUCAGUCUUACUACUCCCUGAAGCAUUCCCUUUGCCUGCAUGUGGUUCUGUCACAAUGCUCUUACUCUGUGCUUUGAUAGGACACACUCAUGUAACAGAACCAACUUGAAUCUUGAUUAUGAGGUCUUGUGCAAAAUUGUGUAGAUUUGAUUUUAAUGUUAGUUGUUUUAUGAAGAAAUCUGAUCUGCUCAUAUGUUCUCUUCAUUAUAAAUACAUUGUGCUUAUUUUGAUACUUUUUAUCAUUACAUGAAAUACUGUUAUUUAGAAAAAAAUUGUUUAUUCUAACAACUGACAUUUUAACAUUUUUAAACUAAAAAAGACUCACAAUAUAACUUCUGAAUAUAUUUCCAUGCCUAUUUUUUUAUGAUGAUUCAUUGGUUACAAACAUGUACAUAAAAAUGUCUAGCUUUCAGUGAACACUUUUCACUGCCAAAGAGUGAAAGGCUAGACAAUGUGAUCAAGCUGUUCUAUGAGUUUCCCAUAAUUUUGAGUUGGUGGGAGGCUGGGUUCUGAUCUAGUCCAGGAGGGAUGAGGCUUGCAGUGAUUUGAACCCCUCACCUUUGACACAGAACCAUUGGUCACACUAUAGUAAUGACAGAGAGGAGAGGAAGCUUAUUCCUAGUAUUAUUAUUAUUGUUCAUAUACUCAAGGCAUUUUCUGGCAAUAGUUUCUCGAACGAAAAGUAUGUAGUGCAUUAUAAAAAAAUGGUGUAUUUUUUACUCAAGAUUUGAAUAAUAGUAUUUGAAUGUUAUUAAUAAGCAAAUUGACUUUCACUCAGAAUAACUCAAAAAGAAGAAAGAAAUAAAAAUUGUUCCUGUAGAAUUGUUAGCAGGCAAGCAGCAUUGGAAAGUUGGUAACUGGUAAAGGCACUCAACAGUGAAACUAUUAUCAGUUAGCAGAAUUGUUAUUCAUAAACAACUCAUUCUUUACUCUUCAUUCAUAUACUCAAUCUAGAAUUGUUUUGAACUUCAAGAAUAGAGGUAUAUAUUAUAGGAUUAUGAAUUGUGUGUUGAGGCCUGGGAUACUUUGCCUUAAAUUAUCACAGUCCCAGUGCCAUGCCAGUUGGUUUGGUUACAUCCCAUUAUCAGUUUUAGAUUAGAAAACACACAUCAUGAGUCCUGUAGAUAUAGAUCACAUUACUGUGUAUAUUUUUUCUAAUGACUAGAUUUCUCGUAAAAUUUCUUCCGUGUUUCUCGUGACAAGGUGUUGGUUUAGCUGUCUGUACUAUACACUCUUUCAUCCACUAUGCAUUCCAGAGCUCAUUGCCCAUGACAUGAGAGACAGAUGUCCUGCGAGUUUGCCUCAUAACUUCAGAUGUGGUAAUGAUGGUAUGUAGUAGGUUUUUAACAAAUUAAGUGACCAAACAAGCUUGCGGCGACAUAGAUAACAUAAUCCAUUCUUACAAGUGAAUUUUUUACCCAUUUGAAGCUUGACAUUUCACUACUGCAGCAAUUAAAAUGAAAAACAAGAUUUUUUUUAAGAGCUUGAUAUUAUUGGCUGUUUCUCAUACUUGAGCUUGAUGCAUGUGAGAAACUGCUAAACUUGUGGCAGGACACUAGGCUUGUUUCUGUGCAGCAUUAGGCCUCAACUGUUGCUAUUCCCAGUUACCAUAAACUGUAUAUGGUGUGGUGUUAAAAGGUAGGAAGCCAGCUAUCAAGACGUUAUUUCUGAAGAAAAACAUAAGGUAAAGAUAUCUUUAUUUUCAUGUACUUACUUCUGUUUAAGAUUAUAAGAUGGUGGAAUGUUAAAGCGUCUACUUAAAUAUUUGUUUCCUCAGCACUAAUUGAUAUGUUGGUGUUUCAUUUUAAAAUUUAUAAAAAAAUAAGCGUAUUACAGAUUUAUCCAUCUAUAGCUUUAAAUCAAUUUCUUAGGCGAUAUUGGACUUUCACAGAGCCCAGAACUCUGGUGGUCAGCUGCUGUGUUCUAGUACUGUACUAUGUGUUACUAGUUUCUUUACUACCAGAUCUAAUACCCAUUGUUAUGCAAAGAUGGAAACAGUUUAUGUAACACUGGUUCAAUUUCCUGUGCAGUAAGUGGUUCAUAAGAGAGUUGAUUUAUAACAAUAAAAGUGAAAAUUUA